GGGCGUUUUGUUGCAGACAGCUUUUGGUGUCGAGCUGAAACACAAAGAAACAAAAAGGAGCUGCUCUGAUUUGUAUUCAUUUAUUCAUCUUUUCUUUUGAACCUCUGAGGACUCAACAUGUCUCCGUCUGUCUGCAGGACCUUUAUUCAGCUGCUCGCAGGUCUGCUGAUGUCAUCGUGCUGCGUUCAGGCUCUGCACGUCGAGGUUUUUCCCAAACAGGCUCUGUUCAGGCUGGGUGAUCGUCAGCAGCUGGUCUGCGUGGUCCGGGACUGUCCCAGCACGCCGAGCAUGUCGUGGAAGCCGAUCGGGGACAGACCGUUCACUGCCAGCUUCAGAGACAACAACACUCAUUCUGUGGCCACGUUUGAGUCUGUGGAGACCGAGCACGAAGGACGGCUGCUGUGUUAUGUCCGCUGUGGAGAAGAAACCGGACUCGGUAGCAUCUACAUAAAGGUUUACUCCUUCCCAUCAGCCCCGGUGGUUACAGGUGUGGACCAGCUGAGGGUGGGGGAGGAGUCCACCCUGACCUGCCAGGUGUUGGACGUCUAUCCCCCCGACCGUCUGACCGUCCUCUGGUUGCUAGGAGACAGAGACCUGCAGGACGUCCAGGCAGAGUCUGGAUCCAGCUGGGUCCGGUCUACCUACACAUUCACGCCUCUGAAGAACCAAACAGGGUCCAGAAUCACCUGCAGAGCCCUGCUGGACCUGGACCUACCUGAUGAGGACAGAAUCAGAGAGACCAGCGUCCCCCUCAACCUGCUCUAUGCUCCGGUUGUCACAGCGAUAUCAGACUCUCUGGUGGUGAUGGCCGGCUCUCCGCUCAAUCUCAGCUGUUCAGCGGAGGGAAACCCCGAGCCGCUGGUCACCUGGAGCUUCAGGACGGCAGACGGAGCUGUGCGUCGGGGUGGAGGCCCUGAGCUCGCUCUGACGGUCAUGAGUCCCUCACAGGCUGGCUGGUACGACUGCGAGGCCACGAACACGGAGGGGAACCACACUGCUUCCCUGCAGGUCACUGUUCACGCUCCGCCCACCAACACCUCCCUCUCACUGAGUCCAGGUGAGCAGGUGGUGGAGGGUCAGCAGCUGAGCUUUACCUGCCAAUCAGACGGAGCUCCGCCCGCCACGCUGGUGCUGAGGAGAGAUGGGGCGGAGCUUCAGAGGACAGACUCCGCCUCCUCCUCGCUCUCAUUCAACCUCUCCUCCGCCCGUCUGGAAGACUCCGCCCACUACCAGUGUGAAGCCUCCAACCAGUACGGAGACCACCUGGUGACCAGAAACAUCACUGUCAGAGCUCAUCCUCUGCAGGUCCAGCUCAGUCCUCUGGUCUCAGUAGCAGAACGUGGUUCCACUCUGGUUCUGAGCUGCAGAGCCUCAGGAUGUGUCCGCCCCCCCACUCUCACCUGGAGGAGGACGGACCGGAACCAGACGGUGCUCCAGAGGACGCAGCAUGAGGACGGACUGUCCCAGCUCCAGCUGCAGGACCUGGACCUGCAGGACCGCGGACGAUACAGCUGUGAGGCCCAGUGUGGCUCUGUCCUCAGAACCAGAACUACAGAGGUCCACUUCUACUCUUUUCCAUCGGAUCCGGUUGUGCAGAAUCCUGGACCCGUCCUGCGGGGUCAGGAGGCGGUCCUCCGCUGUGACAUCACUAACGUCUUUCCAACCAAUCAGCUGCGGCUCAGCUGGCUGGCGGGGAACAUCACGCUGACGUCAAAACUGUUCCCGGUUUCCGGUUCCUUACAGAACAUGUCAUCUGGUCUACGUCACCGGAUGGACCGGGACCAGGUCCUGACCUGCAGAGCCGAGCUGCUGAAGGAGGACGGAGACAUGUGGAGGGUUAGAGAGACCAGCGUCCUCCUGCUGGCCCACUCUCCGCCCACCAACACCUCCCUCUCACUGAGUCCAGGUGAGCAGGUGGUGGAGGGUCAGCAGCUGAGCUUUACCUGCCAAUCAGACGGAGCUCCGCCCGCCACGCUGGUGCUGAGGAGAGAUGGGGCGGAGCUUCAGAGGACAGACUCCGCCUCCUCCUCGCUCUCAUUCAACCUCUCCUCUGCCCGUCUGGAAGACUCCGCCCACUACCAGUGUGAAGCCUCCAACCAGUACGGAGCCCAACUGGUGACCAGAAACAUCACUGUCAGAGCUCCUCCCAGGAACACCACGGUCCACGUCCUGCCGUCUACGGUGGUCCAGGAGGGACAAAACGUCACCGUCUGCUGCCAAACCAUCAGCUUCCCGCCGUCAGCUGUCAUUCUGAAGAAUCUGGCCAAUGGGAUGGAGCUAUAUUCCCUGAAUGGCACCUUCCUAUUGGUUAACGUCACUUCCAGAGACUCUGGGUUGUACCAGGUCAACGUGACCAACGCCCUCGGCUACCAGGUCAAAGGGUUCAGGCUCAGCGUCACCGAGAGGAGCACCGGCGUUGCCCCCGAUCUCAGCGUCAUCGUGAUCCCGGCGGCCUGCGUCGCGGCUGGGUUAGCGGCUGCUGCCGUGCUGCUCGACUACCUGAGGAGAUCCAGGAAGAAAGGUUUCUACCAGCUGCCCCAGUCUGCUCCGGCUUCAGCCUGAGACGCACGCCGGGCCUCCGAACCCGAGGCGACAAACGGCCAACGUCUGGUCAACGUUCCCAAACUGUGGAGAACAUCUCAACACGUUCCUGCAGCGUUCCCACAUGGGACUCACUUUACAUCUCGACACGGGGCUUCAGUACAACAUCCCACCAUGUCCCAGUAUGUCCCAGUAUGAGACCAACAUGUCCCAGUAUGAGACCAACAUGUCCCAGUAUGAGACCAACAUGUCCCAGUAUGAGACCAACAUGUCCC